UUCGAACCCUAUGUAUCCCUGAAAAAUCCUAAUUUCAGCUGUUUUGGCCACCGACUGGCGUUAUGAAACCACUUUUCGCCUAAUGAAAAUGAUUUAAGUAAUUUGUAUUAGUUGAUUCGCUAACAGGCUUGUUUUUAUGGCGAAAUAUGUCAGCUCAAUAUCAACGAUUCUUAAAAGCUCUUGAAAGGUGGCCGACAGACAAAACAAAAGUUGGCAGGGAUUUGGGGGAGCGGAUACGAAAACAAGUAAUACAUCUCGCGAAUCCUAUAAGCCUUACCACUGAAGUCCACGAAAAACUAAGUGCGGAAAUUGAUUCACUGGAAAGAUUAACUGGUAACGUUUAUGGAAAGAAAUACCAGCGGAGGUAUACUUCAACAGCCACGGGAUUGACUUCUGAACAGUGCAAUCAAGUGUUGUCGUCGGAGUUCUUACAGUACCUUAAUGAUGAGAAUACAUGUAGUCCAAAAGGGUGAAAGUGACUGAAAAAAAUUGUAUUAGCAAAAACUGUAAUAAGAUUAAAAAAAAAAAAUGCUUCGACGAAUUAAUCAGAUUGUAACUUCUUUGAGGUCAAACUUCAGUACCGUUUCGAAAAUCUGCGAAAAACAUUUAGUUAAGCAUGUUCCUGUACUUUGUGAACAAGCUAUUCUUUAUCUUGAUCCAGCUCCACACAAAAUUUUCAUCGACAUGACAUUUGGUGCUGGGGGCCACACUAGACAGUUAUUACAAAAAUAUGAUGAUAUAAAGGUUUUUGCGCUAGACCGGGAUCCCAUAGCCUUUGAGCUAGCUCAAUGUUUGAGUGAAGAAUUUCCAAAUAGGCUCACACCACUUCUAGGCAAAUUCUCUGAAUUGCCAAAGUUAUUGAAGGAACAUAAUUUAAAAAAAUACUCCAUCGACGGAUUCCUAUUUGAUUUUGGAUGCUCCUCGAUGCAAUUUGAUGAAGCUGCUCGCGGAUUCUCCAUUUCUAAAAACGGCCCCUUGGAUAUGAGAAUGGACCGGGGACGAUGCAAUGAACAAAUCACAGCUGCAGAUGUUCUCGCCCGUGCGGAGGAAGCAGACUUGGUAAAAAUUUUAAGAGUUUAUGGCGAAGAGAAGAGCGCGAAAAAAAUAGCUAGGGCGAUAGUAGAGGCACGUUCUGCGUUUUAUAAGAUUGAAACCACCAAACAGCUGGCGGAUUUGGUGAGCUCGUGUCUUCAGAAUGCAUACCGGCUGGACAAAAUACAGCGACCUACGCAUGUAGCUACCAAAACAUUUCAGGCGCUGCGCAUAUUUGUUAACAACGAAUUGAAUGAGAUCAAUUAUGGAAUGAUUUUAGCCAAGGAAUAUUUGCGCUACGGGGGCCGAUUAGUCGCUAUAACAUUUCACUCUUUAGAAGACACGAUAGUCAAACGCCAUAUAAAUGGAAACGUAAUUGAGGGUAUUGCAAACCCCGUGCCGCUGAAAUAUUGUGGACAUGAUGUUACGCACGAUAAGGAACUAAUUGAGACAUUUGUUCGAUCGAGUUGGCGACAGCUUCACAAACAUGUAAUUACUCCCUGUGAAGCAGAGGUUGCCCGAAACAGUCGUAGUCGUUCUGCUAAACUUCGAGCAGCAACUAAAGUAAAAUAAAUCCUUUUCUUUAGGUUACUGAAAUAUUCGUAAAUUUUAAGAAGUAAUUACGAUUCUUGUAAACUCACAAUACGAUAAUUGAAUAUUUUGUGUUUAUGGAUAAAGAUACAAUUAAUUAAUAUAAUGAGUUAUUUUUAGUUA